AUGUUGAAGACGACACUAUUAGGGUUCACUCCUCCGCCUCGAUUUCUUCUUCUCAAUCCCAAACACUUCUCAAUCUCAUACAUUCCACCGUCAUCGUUAACCCUAAAUUCCAGGAAACUCAAUUCAAAAAAGCCGCUUGUCUGCGCAUCGCAGGGCGGCAAUGGAAAUGGCUUAGGCGGCGAUGAUAGCAAGGAGGAGACGAAAGAUCGACAGAAAAAGGAGAACGAUUUGAAGAGAGAUCGACUACCGGAGUUCAACGUGAAGUGGCUAGAACUGCUUAUAGAUCCAGAUCCAAACAAUGUUUUGGCCGUCGGAUUGACGGGAUUACUAGCGUGGGCGAGCGUACAAGUUCUUUGGCAGCUGUUCUUUAUAUCGUUGGCAAUUCUUGUUGCCGCUCUCAAAUACUCAUUCAUAGCUGCUUUCCUGCUCUUCAUUCUUGUUACCCUUUUAUGA